CCGCCGCCGGUGACCGCGCCGCCGGCCCACCCCGGCCGCUCCGCCUCGACAUGAACGUGGACCAGAAGCUGGAGGGGCUGUUCCUGAAGUGCGGCGGGCUCGGCGAGGGGCCGCCCCGGGGUCCGGCCGGGGGUCCCGAGCCCCGGCCCCAGGGCCCGGCCCCGCCGGGGCCCGCGGAGGACGGCGCCGGGGGCGAGGGGCGGCACCAGCCCCCGCCGCACCAGGACCUGAUGUCCCACGACGAGCUCAUGGUGCACGAGGAGACGGUCAAGAGCGACGACGAGACGGACGGCCCCGACCGGCUCCAGUUCGCCGUCAGCGUCCCCGUGAGCGUGAAGCAGGAGAUGACUUUCGCCGACGGGCCGGAGCCCCAGAAGCGGGACAAGAAGCCGGCGCGGGAGCCCGUGGACCUGCAGAAGAAGAAGAAGCGGAAACAGAGGUCCCCGGCCAAGAUACUGACCAUUAACGAGGACGGGUCCCUCGGCUUGAAAACCCCCAAAUCCCACGUGUGCGAGCACUGCAACGCGGCCUUCCGGACCAACUACCACCUGCAGAGACACGUCUUCAUCCACACAGGGGAGAAGCCGUUCCAGUGCGGUCAGUGCGACAUGCGGUUCAUUCAGAAGUACCUGCUCCAGCGGCACGAGAAGAUCCACACAGGGGAGAAGCCGUUCCGCUGCGACGAGUGCGGGAUGCGGUUCAUCCAGAAAUACCACAUGGAGCGGCACAAGAGGACGCACAGCGGCGAGAAGCCCUACCAGUGUGAAUACUGCCUGCAGUACUUCUCCCGGACGGACCGGGUGUUGAAACACAAGCGCAUGUGCCACGAGAGCCGGGAGCGGAAGGCCUCGCGGGCCGGCUCCAAGCCGGGCCUCCCGGGCCCCGAGGACGGGGGCGGGGGCGGCGGCUUCUCCCCGCCGGGCCCGGCCCGGGACGGCUCGCUGCCCAAGAAGAAGCGGCAGAAGUCGGAGAAGAAGGGCCCGGGCGGGGGCCGGGACGGGGCCGGGGGCGGGGACAGGGGCGACUCGAGGAAAGACAAGGGCGACUACCUGCCCCUCUACUCGCCGGGCGCCAAGGUGAAGGACGAGUACAUGGUGGCCGAGUACGCGGUGGCCAUGCCCCUGCCCGCGGCCGGGCCCGGCGGCUCCCACCUGGACGCGGCGGGCGCGGCGGGCGUCCCCCCGCCCAAGCUGGUCCUCAAGAAGGUCAACGCCGGGGCCAGGCGGGGCCCGAAGCCCGGCCAGGAGCCCCGGGCGGCGGCCUCCCCGCUGGCGGCCUUCGAGGACGACAAGGCCGCCAAGUUCGCCUUCGACCUGGUGGACAAGCAGGCCCUGCUGGACGCCGACGGGGCCGGCGAGCUGGACCCGGUGGCCGUGGCCGCGGCCACCCUGCAGGAGGGGCCCAGCAAGCCGGCGGCCCACAGCAGCCCCAACUACGGCGACGCCAUGCAGUUCCUGAAGAAGAAGCGCUACCUGCAGGCCAGCGGCCACGGCCGCGAGUACGCGCUCAGCCUGGGGGCCAUGGCCGCCCAGCCCUCGGCCACCCAGGCGGCCGUGGCCAGCGUCAUCAACGAGGGGGCGGCCGCCGGCCCGCUGGAGGCGCAGGGCCUGGGCCCGGACCUCAAGGGCCCCCACGAGAAGAGCAUCCUCCCGGACGAGGUCCUGCAGACGCUGCUGGACCACUAUUCCCACAAGGCCAACGGGCAGCACGACAUGGCCGCCUUCGGCGUGGCCGACGCCGAGGUGACCCCCGGCCUGUCCAUCGACGCCGGGGCCGCGGGGGCGCCGGGCGGGGAGGCCCCGGACGUGGGCCCGCCGCCCCCGCCCGCCCCGCCGGGGCCCCCGGGCCCCCCGGGCCCCCCGCCCCCGCCGGCGGAGGGCGCCCCGGGGCCUUCCUCGGACAAGGCCAGCAUGCUGCAGGAGUACUCCAAGUUCCUGCAGCAGGCGCUGGACCGGACCAGCCAGAACGACGCCUACCUGAGCGGCCCCGGCCUCGGCUUCGUGGCCGAGGGCCCGGCCCUGGCCGGCCAGCCGGCCUUCGCCGCCCUGGACAAGCAGGUGUACGCGGCCCUGCCCCUCAACAGCUUCCGGGCCGGGCUGGGCUCCCCGCUGCGGGCGGCCCCCGACAAGGCGCACUUCGGGCUCCUGGUGGGCGAGGCCCAGCACGGCUUCCCCUUCGCGGGGGACGAGGCCAGCCACGCCCCGCCCGCACCCCCGGCGCCCUCCGCCCCCGCCUCGGCCGCCGCCCACGUCUUCCUGGACCAGGUGACCGCCGCCCAGAAGAAGGCGGAGAUGCCGCCCGGCCACCAGGUCUACCCGCUGGGCGGUGCCUUCGACCAGCCCUUCCGGGCCCAGUACCACGGCGCCCGGCCGGGCCUCGGCCCCCAGUUCGGCGCCGCCAACGGGCAGGCCGCCCUGCGGGGGGCGGGGCCCGGCGCCGCCUUCCCCGAGUUCCCGCUGGUGGGCGUCGGCGACGGCCGGCCCGGCCUGGCCGCCUCCCCGGACCCUCCCGCCGGCCAGACUUUCGGCUAGGCCCGCCCGGGGGGGCAAGCGCUCUGGCACUUUAGGACGCGGCGGGCGGCCCCGGGCGGGA